AGCCUCAACAAGACAGGUAAGAAAGCUCCCUGCUCAAGGGAAUUUACUGACUAGACUGGCUGGCGUUUUGGUGCGCUUGGUUACAUUUAAGAGCGGUUUACACCCAGCCAAAAACAGAAUGAGCACUGACGGAACCAGGAACCCCCCUCCGUAUAUCAUACCAAUAGAGGGUGAAAAGGGCUCCAACGUCAAGGUCUACAAUGUGCACACUCCGUUCACGCCACAAAGCUCCACUAUUAGAGAUUCUGGAAUCCAGAUGGAAUCAGCCAGACCUGUUCAAUCAACGGAGACCAAAAACAAAUUCGUCAGCUAUGAAUCAUAUGAGCUGGGUCGCAAUCCAGGAAUGGCCACCUGCACCAGCUGCCAACAGCAGGUCUUAACCAAUGUCACCUACAAAGUGGGAGUUUACGCCUGGUUGAUGUGCUUACUCUUCAUCCUGUGCGGGUUUGUUUUGUGCUGCUGUCUGAUUCCGUUCUUCAUGAAGUUUUUCAAAGACGCCUAUCACACAUGCCCGAAAUGCAAUAAGAUCCUGCACAUUGAAAAGAAGCGAUGCUGCUAACCCCAUCCCAUCCCUUCCCCAAUUUAAACACCACUCAUGGAUUUGUGUUGCACCUUACACUACAUGAAGGACUGGAGGACACUUUCAUGCCAAUGCAGACGUCAUCUAGUAUAACGUCUUUCAAAGCUUUGCGAUCUUUGAGAACCUUUUGGUGUUCAUCUGGCUUAGGCUUUAUUACAUUAUAUUACAUAAUACAUUACAUUAUGAAAUGAAUAUGAAUAGUCUACACAGUUUUGAUUGUAUAUCUAUAGGACUCUAAGGGUUCAGAGGGCUGAGGAGUUGGUGGAACCAUAAAUGACGUGAUGUAGUUAUCAGUAAUUUGGGCAUCGACUGCACCAUUUAAAACAGUUGUUCUCAACCAAGCCAAUUCAAGUGGACUUUAAGAUGACUUAAAAAUGAUAUUAAGCCGAUGCAAUAAUUGAAGAAAAAAAAAAAAAAAAAACUAAGAAGCAAGAUAUUUAUUUUCUGUUUACUCUAACAACUUUUUUUGUAUUAUUCUUUGAAGAACCAGGGUUCCCACAUAAAGGUUGUUAGUAUUGCUGGUUCUUGGUCAUGAAGAACCUAUAAUAUCCAUUGGAUAAAAGGUUCUUUAGAUUAUUAAAAUAAGAAAAUUAAAGUGUUUAAAUGAAAGAUUAUUUGGGGAACUAAAAAUGGUUCUUCCAUGGCAUCGCCAUACAUUCAUCUGGACCUUUUUUUUUUUUUUAACACAAUUUGUAAUGCCAGGAUAUAUGAGGCAUCUUCAUUCGAAGGUGCAAUGUCUAGAGUUUAAAAACGCUGCAUAAGCAAUUUGUAAAGGAUAUACAUUUUUAUAGUUAUGUCAAAUUUUGUCAGGUACAACCUGUAGCAAUGUUUUGAAAACUUCUUGUGUGCAACGGGAGUCAAAAAGGUUGAGAGCAAUCAAUUCAGAAUGCACCAGAUCUCUUAAAUAAAACAAUGGAAAUCAGACUUCCAAAAUUGACUUUUUGAAUUUCCCUACUGCUCAAGCUGACUUGUUAUCGUUUAGCGAUUUAUCACUUCUGUAAAAAGCCUAAAUCUUUGAUCAUGUUAAAUAUUUCAUAUGUUCAUUUAAAUGGUCUUAAACGUAAUAAUAUAAAACUGAAA